AUGGACUCUAUAUGUGAGGUGCAGCAGUUAGGGAAAUACGUUCCUGACUCGUCAGACACAUUCUACAUCCGUCAUGCCGUGGAGCAUCCUGUAACAGCAUGGCUGAAUCUUUGGGACGAGAGAUUCUGCGAAGACGUGGGAGACUUCAACGGGGCCCAGGAAGCCCAGGCCCGACUGUAUUUCCAGCGUGAAGCGGGGCAGCUCGGCCACGUGGAAGCGCUGGUGCGCAACGACGUCGACUUGAACUUUGCGAUCCAGCGCGAGGCGGCUCUCCAAAGCGAGCUCAAGACCCUCUCCGUAUGGCUAGUGAUCUCCGGCGCCGCGGACGUCACCACCGCGGAGGAAAUCUACUCUCGCAUCCAGACCGUCGAAACCCAGCUGUCGGCGCUGGAAGAGACGAUCUGGCACUUGGAGCGCAGGACCCACGUGGUCCUGAGUCGGUUCCCUGAGGGCCCGCUCGCACUGGCACAUGGCCCCGCUACUCAAGGAGGACUGCACCGGCCGCGACUGGUGCUGCGCGUGCCAGUGCGGAUGCUGCACCAAGCCGAGAAGCACGGCCCGUGCGAAGCAGGGUCACUGUACGUCCGCUUGCGCAUGUUGUGA